AUGGCCGAUGAUCUGCUAGAGUUUCUCCAAGAUUGCAGCUUGGAGGAGUGUCAAAAUUACUUGAAGGAGAAGGACAUCAACGUCAGCACCAUCUUAGGCCCAUGUUGCGAGACGCUGAUGCAUUAUGCAGCAAGAAACAUCAAUCAUGGUUGCGAAAUCGUCAAAUUCCUCGCCUCUGAAGAACUCGACGUGGCGAAGAAAGACUCCAAGGGCAAGGAGCCGAUCCAUUAUGCCACCGAGGUGAAGAAUUUCAAAGUGGCCGAGCAACUGCUCAAACUGCGAAGAGUGGAGGACGAGGAGGAGCAGAGAAAUAACCUUCUUCACGUCUUCGUCAAAGAAAACAAUUUCAUCCUCGCAAAAAUAGUGCACGACCAUCACAAAAAUAUGAUCAAGGAGAGGGGGGAAUACGGAAAAACAGCCCUCCACCUGGCAGCGCAGCACGCAGACCUAAAAGGUUGCCACUGGCUGGUGGAGAAUGGCGUCGAAAUCGGCGCCUUCGACGAGAAGCUCGGCGCCACGGCACUGCACUACGUAGCCUUCAGAGCGUCAGACCACAAAAUCUUCGUCUGCUACUUAGUCGAGCAUGCAGACCUCUACGUCAGCGAAAAGGCCAAGGGCAAGAUGACGCCGCUGCACUACGCCCUGCAGCAGGGCAAGCACGAAAUGGCCAUGGAGCUGUUCAGGCUCGGCGCCGAAACGCGCAUCAAGAUGGGAACCGUGGCCAACGUGCUGCACUUCUGCGUCAAAAACAACGACCUCGAAGGCGCGAAACUGGUGCACAGGAAGGACAAGAAGAUGGUGCACGAAUCCAACAAGAGCGGCACCACGGCCUUCCACCACGCCGCCAUGCACGCCGACCUCGAGAUGCUGCAGUGGCUGGCCAAGAGGGACGUCAACAAGUACGCCGUGGACGACGACCUCUACAGGGCCAACGCCCUGCACUUCAUCGCCUACAAUACGACGAACGCAGACAACGAGACGGAGAGGAGGCAGAUGGUCCGGUACCUGAUCGGCUUAGACAUGGACCGGAACAAGGUGACUGGAGACGGACAGGCGCCCAUCCACUUCGCCCUGAGGCUGAGAAACCUGGUCGUGGCGGACGAGUUGAUCAAGCAGGAGGUAGACCUGACGGUCGAGUUCCAAGGGUUGAACCUGCUCCAGUUCUGCAUCAAGGAGAACUACCUCGAGGGUGCCAAGCUGGUGUUCAAGCACAAACCCAAGCAGAUCAAAGCUCGAGAUUCGAAAGGCAGGAAUGCGGCUCACAUAGCAGCCGAGUACGCCGAUGUGGACAUGUGCCAGUGGCUGUUCCUGCUGGACGAAGACGUGUUCAAAUUUUACAUGAAGACAGGCGCCAGCCCACUCCACAUGGCGGCGAAGAACAAGAAGCACGGAGUUGAGAUCGUGCAGUACCUCAUUAAACUAAAAGUGCCCCUCAACAGCGGGAACGAAUUCGAGCUGAGCCCGCUGCACUUCGCCCUGCUCAACAGGAACUUGGACACGGCUCGCGAAUUGGUCAACCUCGGUGCCAAAGCGGACGUCCGCCUUCUCGGAGAAAAAAUCAAUCUGAUGCACUUCUGCGUUCGGCAUAAUUGCUUGGAAGGUGCCAAGUAUGUGCACUCACUGAAUCCGGAGCUGAUUAACGAACUCGGGCUUCAAGAGAAAAGCGUGCUGCACCUCGCAGCGGAGUACGCCGACGUAGAAAUGUGCAAGUGGCUGGUGAAGCAGGGCGUCGACCCUAUGGCGCUGACCUCCAAAGGCAAAUCCGUCAUGGACAUUGCUUCAAAAAGGUGCUGCUAUGACAUGAAACUCUACUUCAAGACGCUCAAUGUGAAAAAGAGGCGAGGACUGCUACGCAGAUUAAUCCGCUUGCACUGA